AUGCGUAAGGAUUUUAUUCAACAACGUUUUCGAAGAAAGAAUCAACAACAACAACAAAAUAAUCCAAGUUUUGUAAUAAAAAAUGAAAUAAAACAACAAAAUCAGCAACAAUUAAUUAAUUUGGCCGUAAAUGGUUCUGCUGCAGCUGCUUUAGUUUUGGCUGCUUUGGAAGGUGGAGGAGGAGGAGGAAAUAAUAAUGGAAGAAAGAAAAGUUUGGAAAAAGGUGGGGGAGAAGAAAUAAUUCGUGAACAACAACACCAAUCUGUUUUGGAUGCAAAAAUGACUGCUGAAGCUUUUUUAAAUUCUACACACAUUUUAAAUGGAAUUUUGGAACAACAAAGUCAAUGA